AUGAUGAGGCCGGACAUCUUGUCUCAUUUCGGUGCAAAGCUUGAGUAUCUGCUCUCCUCAAGAGCAGAAAUAAUCAGUCGCAUGCAUAGGCCACCGCCUGCAGAAGGCAACAAUUUAGAAGAGCUUUUAGGCGAAGAACCGGUCCCACCAAUAGCCGUUCCUAGGCCUUAUGUUCCUGUCUGGCCUGAUGAAAAGGCUGCUGCCUACUGCGCUCUUACACCACCGCUGGAGACUUUUAUGGUUGUUCCCGACGAAACUAGGCGGGAACAAUUUUUUCGCACCGCCCGCCAAGAUGAUAUGCUUAUUGGUUCUGUCAGUGCGAUUCAGGAUUCUGGCUUGAUCAUCACACUUCUGGCUUAUGACCAAGGACCCCGUCGUGACUUUGACGGGCUUAGGUUGACCGUACGUCGGAUGACUUAUAAUCCAGACUUUGAUCCCUUCAUUCUGGACGUGCACCACUCCGGUCGGCUGAUUUUGAGCAUGAAUGAAAAAGCUCUCAACACCAAUCUCUAUGGUGACAUUACCUUGGGGAUUAUUUCCGAUGAUGAUUUGCCACUUCAUUACAGAAAGCUGCAAAACCUCGAUGGAAAGUCCUUCGAAGCUUGUCUCAUGGGGACGCCGCAGUUUCGUAACCCCGAUGGUCUUCGCGUCCUCUGUUCUAGAUUUGGCAUUCCGAGAGCUUCCGCUUGUAGUCUGUUACUCUCAAUGGCCAAGUAUGCUUUCUUCUUGCUUUUCUUUCCCAUAUUUUACUUAUCCUUUGGUGAAUUUCAUGCCUCUUCAAGGAUCAGUCUUCCGAAACCGGAAAUGGCCUGUGAAUUACGUCGUGUACAGCUUUACAAUAUGUCGAUGAGGCACGUGGCUCAGGGUGUUAGAUACUUCAAGGAAGGUCGGAACACAGAAGCACUUCAGUGCUACAACUUUGCCAUCGAGGUGGAGAAUAAUAAUGCUGAUGCUUAUGUUGCGCGCGGUGCUCUCUAUGCGUCUAUUGGUACGUAUGUCAAGGCCAUCGACGAUUUGGAGAGGAGCCUAAACCUCCAGCCAAACCACGCUAAUGCAAAGAACUACCUUGGUCAGACACUUUUGGCCUAUGCUUGCGAAUUGACUUCAAAGGAUCCCACAAAAGCUGAACAGCUACUACGAAGGGCUCUCGAUUUGGAUCCAAACAACAUAGAGGCGCGUGAAGCGCUUCGAGACUUACCGGGGGGAGGGACUGUUAAUACAAACGUAAAUCAGGGUCGCGAUGUCAGUAUGCAUUCAUGGUCACGGUCGCCCUCACUGCCGUCGGGAAGCAAUAUCUCUAGCAAACGGGGCAAUGUCCCUAUAGGCAUUCAGCAGCGUCACGGUGACCGUUCACCCCCCGCCUCACCACCGAGCGCCUCUCAACGAGCUGAUCAGUUCUCUCGGUUUGAGAGGUCACGCGCAGCACUUGAACAGCUCGUCAAUGAGGACCGGUCGAGACGAGAAGCCAUGCGGCGAGGUAGCGCUGCAGGUCGCCCUGGAUCUGGUGAUGAUUUUCAGUCGCCACCUUGUAAGCUCAUUUUCUUUUAG